CCUCCGCCUCUAGGCACACCGAGCGCGGGGCGGUCACCUGGGGCUGUAGGCAAGGGCCAGUCGCUUGUGGGACCCACGCGCUUUAGAGGGCGGAGGAGAGAGAGGAAACCAGACGCGAGGGUCCCCGGAGCAGUCUUGGUGCUGGCCGCCCGCGUUGCGCCUCUUUGCGGCAGAGGAUGCGGGAGCGCAUCUGGACGAAGCUACUGCCGCUGCUGCUGCUGCUACCGCCGCCACUGCGGGGCGGUCCCCAGGACAGCCGGCGCCAGGAACCCGAGCCCGAGCCCGAGCGCGGGCCUCUGCUGCCCUACGAUCUGCUCUACGCUAGCGGCGUAGCUGCCUAUUACAGCGGAGAUUUCCAGCGAGCGGUGCGCGACUUGGAAGCGGCGCUGCGCAGCCACCGGCGACUGCGGGAGAUCCGCACGCGCUGCGCCCGGCAUUGUGCGGCGCGCCGCCCGCUCAUCCCGCCCGGAGCCGGGCCUGGGGCUGAGCUACCGUUCUUCCGCGCCCUGUUAGAGCGGGCGCGCUGCUACCGCAGCUGUCAGCACCAGCGCCUGGGGGGACCCGAGUCCAGACACCGCGUCAGCGAGGACGUGCGCAGCGACUUCCAGCGCCGAGUACCCUACAACUACCUGCAGCGGGCCUACAUCAAGCUUAAUCAGUUGGAAAAGGCAGUGGAAGCCGCCCAUACAUUUUUCAUGGCCAACCCUGAGCAUAUGGAAAUUCAGCAGAACAUUGAGAAUUACCAAACAAAGGCUGGCAUGGAAGAAUUCCAUUUGGUAGAUCGAGAAGCCAAGUCACACCUUGAGAGCUACAGUGCAGGAGUGAAACAUUACGAGGCUGAUGACUUUGAAAUGGCUAUCAAGUACUUUGAACAAGCUUUAAGAGAAUAUUUCAGUGAAGAUGUGGAAUGUCGAACUCUAUGUGAGGGACCUCAGAGAUUUGAGGAGUAUGACUACUUACAGUACAAAGCUGGUCUAUAUGAAGCCAUUGCAGAUCACUACGUACAGGUGCUGGUGUGUCAGCAUGAAUGUGUAAGGGAACUGGCCACUCGCCCCGGCCGCCUCUCGCCAAUUGAGAACUUCCUUCCACUGCAUUAUGAUUACCUACAGUUUGCCUACUACAGAGUUGGUGAAUAUGUGAAGGCCUUGGAGUGUGCCAAGGCCUACCUUCUGUUCCAUCCAGAAGACGAGGAUGUGCUCGAUAAUGUGGACUACUAUGAGAGUCUGCUGGAGGACAGUGUGGACCCAGCAUUCAUCGAGCCCAGAGAGGACUUGAUGAUGUUUGUGAAACGUCAUAAACUGGAAUCUGAACUGAUAAAGUCAGCUGCCGAGGGUCUGGGAUUUUCAUAUACAGAACCAAACUAUUGGAACAGCUAUGGGGGACGACAAGACGAGAAUUGGGUUCCUUCAGGAGUGAACACAGAGGAGGCAGAAGUACAUGGUUUGUCAAUGAGGAAAAAAUCAUCAUCAAACAUAGAUCGAGACCUGAGAGAAGGUGGCCCUCUGCUGUUUGAGAACAUCACCUUUAUCUACAACUCCGAGCAGCUGAAUGGGACUCAGCGGGUUCUUCUGGAUAAUGUCCUCUCUGAAGAGCAGUGCCGGGAGCUGUACAGUGUGGCCAGUAGAGUCAUGAUUGUCGGUGAUGGGUAUCAAGGAAAAACAUCGCCUCACACACCCAAUGAGAAGUUUGAAGGGGCAACUGUCCUGAAAGCACUCAGAUUUGGUUAUGAAGGCCGAGUCCCACUGAAGAGCGCACGUCUGUUUUACGACAUCAGUGAAAAGGCUCGAAAGAUCGUUGAAUCCUACUUCAUGCUGAAUUCAACCUUGUAUUUCUCCUAUACACAUAUGGUCUGCCGAACAGCCCUUACAGGUCAGCAGGACAAAAGAAAUGACCUCAGCCAUCCCAUCCACGCGGAUAACUGCCUGUUGGAUCCAGAAGCCAAUGAGUGCUGGAAGGAGCCUCCAGCGUACACUUUCCGUGACUAUAGUGCACUCAUAUACAUGAACGAUGACUUUGAAGGAGGAGAAUUCAUAUUUACUGAAAUGGAUGCUAAGACUGUGACAGCCUCAAUAAAACCCAAGUGUGGGCGCAUGAUCAGCUUCUCAUCCGGAGGAGAAAAUCCACACGGAGUGAAAGCUGUCACCAAAGGCCAGAGGUGUGCCGUGGCCCUGUGGUUUACCCUGGACCCACUGUACAGGGAGCUGGAGCGGAUACAAGCCGAUGAGGUCAUUGCAGUCCUGGACCGAGAACAGCAAGGGAAGCAUGAACUGCAUAUUAACCCCAGAGAUGAGCUAUAAAAAAAUGAGAAAGAAUGUUCUACCAGAUAUUUAUUGAAAUUGUUAAUCUUAGAAGAACUGUUUUAUUUUUGUACAGAGCCAUGGUAUAAGUUAACAGGUUAUUAGAAGUCACCAGAGUGUCCCUUCUGCUGCCAUGACUGUGUGCUCCUAGGCUGCUUGGUUUCCAUUAGUGUGCUAGUUCAUCUCUCCAAGCCUAGUCACCUCUCCAUACACAGACCACACAUACCACACAACAGACACACAUGUACACAUAUCUCACGCAAGCACACCACACACACACCACACACAAGAACACUUUGCUGAGCACAUCACAAAACGUAAACAGAAACACACCACAUAGGUGUCAUACACACAUGCACUGCAGAGAACACAGAAACACAUGUACCACACAGACACACACUAUAUGCACAUACAUACCACAUAUAGCCAGCAUGUGCCAUGUAUACCACACAUAUGCAGAUAUACACAAAUACACCACACUUACUACAUAAAAAUAAAUAUAAACAUACCAUGCCAACACUAUGCACACAUAUAAAUUCACAUGUACAAACACAUAUAACACAUGUACCAUACAUACCACACACAUCACACAAACACACACACACACAAUUAAUUUGCUGCACAUCCAAAAUCUCAGUGCCUCAGCUGGUUCAUGGCAAAGGCACAACAGCUGUGUGGCUGGGUGGUGCGGGCCUUUGUGGCCCAGGGCCUCCCUCUCUGCCAGAUCCUCUCUGGGGCCGACAGCCAUACACUGGGAUUCUCCAGAGUCAGCUCGUCCUUGAGUCUUUGGAGCUUUGGGCAGAGUGUGCACUGCCUCGGGUAUUAAGGAGACAGGAGCCCCUCUACCCCCUCUCAGCCCCAGGCUCCAGGAAGGCACAUUUCAGACAAGUCCUUUAUGAGACAGGGAAGUCCAGACAAGAAACAUACACUGGAACUUGCAAUUCUUCUCCACUGUGCUAUGGAAAGGAAUACAUGGAGUUGUGCCAUAGAAACCAGGUAUGGUGGUUCACACAUAUAAUCCCAGCACUUGGGGAGAUGACUUUGAGGCCAUCUUAAAUUAUAGGAUGAGCCCUGCCUUUAAGAAAAAAUCAAAACAAAACAAAAUAACACAAAGUAUAGAAAAGUUGAGGCAGAAUGAGUCCUCACUCCAGUGACUUCGGAAGACUCUUUAACCCUGCCUGGCCCUGAGCACACUGUGAGGCUGCUGGAGAGGGGCAGUGACGGGAGAAAGGGACAUUUUAUACUUAGAAAGAAAAGAGUGUGACUGAUUCCAGCCAUCUCUGCCUGUAUCCCCUCCUCAUUGCUGCUAUGCAGUGGACAGAUCUGUGCUUGAGUCUGAGUUUAUUUAAUUAAAAAGAAAAAACGUUUGUUUUGA